CUAAUAUAAAUUCCUUUGAUUUCCCACCAACCAAACUCCCCCUUAUUUUCCUCUUAAUAUCCUUUACAUUUUAUUCCAAAGUUUGAAUCAUCACAUAAAUAUAAACACACCAAUAUUUACAACACAUAUAUUAUACACAUUCCAUAUAUACAUACCUACAUAUAUAAAAGGUCAUAUAGUAACUUAAUGCAAGAGGCAUUGCCAUUCAAGAGAUGGGAGACACUCACCGCGACACCCAUGGCGAGUGCCUCCCAUAUUGGUAAUGAAAUAGGAAGCGAUACCAUUAUAAAGAUGGAGAAUUUAGUGAAGGAGAACCCGGUGAUCGUUUUCGGAAAGAAAGGUUGUUGUAUGUGUCAUGUGGUAAGGAAAUUGUUACUUGGAUUAGGAGUUAAUCCACCUAUUUUUGAGAUUGAUGGUCAUGUUAAUGAAUCUCUUAUGGUUAGUUCUUUCUCAAAUAUUGGUGAAAAUAAUAAUAACUUGCAACUUCCUGUGGUUUUUGUUGGUGGAGAGCUUUUUGGUGGCCUAGAAAAAGUUAUGGCUACACAUCUUUCUGGUGAAUUGGUGCCUAUACUCAAACAAGCUGGCGCUUUAUGGCUUUAAAUUAGUUAUGUAGUAUGUAGAUAGAUUUACAUAUUGCUCCUCCCUAAAUGUUUGUCUUCUUUUGGAGUUUUUUUAUUGGAAAAUUUAGAUAAACAAUCUAAUUUUUACUAUUUUCAUGGAA